AUGCCGCCGCCGCAGCCGCCGCGGUGGCUGCCGCUGCCCCAGCCUCGCAGCCAAUCGCUGCGCGCCGCCGGCCCCGAGCCCCGCGCCCAUUGGCGGGCCGCCGUGGCAAGCCAAUUAGACGGCUACCCAGACCGAACCCAUUUUCCUAUUGGCCGCUGGGGUCUCUGGGACUCCCCUGGAGGGAGCCCCGGGGAAUCAGAGUAUUCGGCGCCGGGUCCCGGGAUAGCGCUGCGGGCCCCGGGGCAUCCUUUGUCCAAGACCCCUGAAUUGGACCGCAGCCGGAGGGCGGGGCCCAGCUCUGGGCGGGCCUGGGCAGAAGAGAGGCUGGCGGCCGGGGCUGUGGGUGCUUCCUCCUCUCUGCCCCUAGGGAUCCUUUGGAGGCUGUGGAUCUCUCGCAGGGGCUUCGAGCUCGAACACGUGGCCCCAAACAGGUCAAGCCAGUCCCAGAGCCCAGGUCCCCAAGAUCAGCUGAGGAGCAGAGAGAAGCUCCCUCGAAGGGACCUGCGGGGGCCUCCGGUGUGUGGGAGGGAGUGGAAGCACGGAGCUGGGCUUUGCUGGCUCUUGGCCUGCAAGGUCUUACCAACCUCCCACCCCGUGUCUCAGUUUUUCCCUCUCGAGUUCCAGUACGGCUGGGAAGGCAGCCGCAGGGCAGGAGCUUCUCGAGGCUGCUCUCGCACACCUCUGCUACCGGGGGAGCGGGUCCUCGAGUGUCUGCAGCUCUCCACUCGCGCACACGCUCGUGUGCCCCGGGAACCUCGCCCCGCCCCACCUUCGCGAGUCCCCGGGCUCAGUCAGCUCCUGCUCCCUCUCACCGCCAGCGCCGCCCCAAAAGGCUGUAGGUGCCCGGGUGCAGAGCGCCGCGGGAGCGCUGGGCGCUGGAGCGAGGUGGGGCGGAGAGAGCGUCGAGCAUUAGACGUCCGGAAAGCACUUCCCCACCUCUGGGAAGAUGGACACGGCGGCGGGACCAAGAAGGAUCCCUUUCUCAAGCACAUGCCUGGUAUCAGGGGAAGGGAACUGAGGACACACAGAGCAGAGUGAAGGCUGGCUAGAGAGGUAGGAAACACCAAAUGCACCUCCUUUCACAACUGUGCCUGCACCUCCUGGAGGAAGAGGAAGGUUCAGCAGUUUUUACUGUACCCUGAAGGCCCCAGAAAGCGCCAGAUGUGAUGAGUGGUCGCAGGUCCGUCUGUUACCCUCCCUGGGCCUUGAAUAUCUAACCAUCGAAGGCCAAAGGUACCUGCCUCACUGCCUCAUUCGUAUGGGUCAAUGAGACGGACGCAGAGGGUUUUGCAAACUGCCCAGACUUUCCAGAGCCAGGGCUGGGGCUGCCAAAAAGGCCACCUGUGCUUCACCACACUCCAUCCUCCCUCCUCACUGCCCAAGCCCCCCCAGACCCGGCUCCACUGGCCCAGUCCUCAGACUUCCUGGCCAACACUGAGCAGGCUCUAGCCAGAAAAGGGCCAGCUGACCUUGUUGGCCAGAGCCCUAAUCCCCUCCAGAUGGGCCAAGGUGGCUUGCACCACCAAAAGCUGCCCAGCCAAAGCUGACCCUGGUCCCACUGAGCAUGUGUGGCUGUGUGUGACCGUGUGCAGACCUUGCAGUGACAGUCCGGUCUCCCACUCCUCCCCACUGCUGACAUCCGACAAACAGUGGCCCCACUCCAGUCUCGCCUCCAACAGCCUCUUCCGGCUGUCUGUACUGGGUGGCUCUGGGGCUGCGACAGUGCCCAGGCUCGGCAGACCCCUGGAGGGUGUGGGGAGGGAGAAGCUCCUCCCACCCCCCCCAGCC